AGCUCUGGGAAUCUUCAUGCCUGACCAGAGAGCCAGGGAUCCAGUGUGAGGUGCCGGACAGACCGUUGACAACUGCUGUCCAGUGUUGAGGCUGUUGAGAGAGUCCAGACCUUCUGUUGCUGUCAUGGGCUUGAGGGCGGUGCUGCUGUCCUUCCUCCUGGUGUCUCUGAGCUGCUCCAGAGGAGCCGUCAUCACAGGGGCCUGUGAGAGGGACGUCCAGUGUGGUUUCGGUCUCUGCUGCGCCGUCAGUCUCUGGCUGAGGGGCCUGAGGAUGUGCGUCCCAAGAGGGCUGGAAGGGGAUGAAUGCCACCCCUUUAGUCACAAGAUUUCCCCCUCCCACUUUAUGUCUCACUUCCAGGUGCCCUAUGCAGGGAAACGGCAACAUCACACCUGCCCGUGUCUCCCACACUUGAUGUGCACCAGGUACAGUGAAAGCAGGUAUCGAUGUACUGACGACUUCAAAAGCCUGGACUUUUAACAGACGCCCAAACAUGCAGAUGAAGAAGAUCGUGGCGGAAACUGCAUUCAGAGUGAAAAAAACAUGCUGUGGAUCUGAACAACAUAUUUAAUCUUCACUGGCUGUAUUCUUUAUUUGCGUACUCUAUGCACUAUAAUACAUAGUUUGGAUUCCACCAAUCCAUACAUCAAGGAGAGAAAGAGAAAUGCCAAGAGAGUGUAACCGAUUAACACGAGCAGACGAUUCUUUGUACUUAAUAAAAGCAAAGAAGAUAUUUGUGAACAAUUGAAAUAUUUACUGUUUUGUUUUCAUGUUCAAUUCAUGUUAAGUUUUCAAAAGUUAUGUAUACAUAUUAUUGUCAAUAAAAGUAUA